AUGGACUCUGGCUCCCUCACAUCUGGCUCCUAUCAUGCGUCCUGUGCGUCAGACGCACAAGAAUCGACCUUUCUGAAGAGAGCCCGUCUGCUGCGUUGGGUUCAAAUCGGACUCGCGAUUCUGGUGUUUGCAGCUGCCGUCUCCGCAGUCGGUUGUGAAGCUGUGCCUCUGCGGCAUUAUCGACGCACGUCCGCGUUCGAACAUGUCGAGUUAUACCUGUGGCCAUUGAACCUGGACGUCCGACCGACUGUUGCGAUCCUGGCCUGCGGGUGCGUGAUCGCCUCCCUGGCGCUGGCAUACUUGAUAAUUGCUCUCCUUCCUUCGCCGCACUCCCGCAUCAGACGCUCAAACUUCGCAGCGACAGCCACCGCGGCCGCUGGGCUGAUCGCCGCCCUGGUGGGAGUGAUAUUCGCAAUCUACCGACCGGGUUCACAUAAGCCGAGCGGCUUCUCCAACGAUGAGACGCUACAUUCGUGGACGUGCAAGUGGAAGUCCGUCCGCGGAGAGUCGAGCGCCGUCUCUGCGCCGGCGCAUUUCGCGCGCGACUGUGCCGUCACCGAAGCGGGAUUCGCGCUGCUGUGUGCGCUUAUCGGGUUAGAGGUGAUACUGGGCGCGGUGGCCGGCGCCGGCAUCUGGCUGGAACGGGGUGUAUCGCGGCAGCGCGAGGACGAGCGGCUCCAACUGGAGAAGAUUGAGACGACGGCGAAGCAUCCGGGGAGGUAA